CCGCAAUUUUAAUUGGUCUUGAUCCGCCCACAAGUCACACAUGGCGUCCAAUGGUGAUGCUGGUUUCAAGGUCUCAGUUGAAUCACUCCAUACUACAAGAGUCAAGGAGAUCAACUAUGAUGGAGAAGAGAUAUAUGAAGGGAGACCUUCUCUCUCUCAGAAACUAAGUGAAUUAGCUCAACAUGUUGACUUUAGAGAAGAGAGAGCUGAUGAUGAUAGUGACAGAGAAGGAGGAAGGAAGAAACAAGAGGAGGAGGAGGAGGAGGGAGUUUCUGGUCCUACAACUAAGAAACCAAGUCAUCGCUGGCCAUGGGAAUUCACACACUCAAAACUCAAGCAAGCAUUGACUGAAGUUAGUGUACUGUCUGAUGUGUUACAAAUUGUUCAUAAUCAUCAUCAAUACUUGUCAUUGGAUCCAGUUUAUGUUAAUAAGAAAUACACAUUACCUCCUUCAUAUCAAUACCAAAUUAAAAAGAAGGUUAGCUUCUCAUGAUUUGUUACUUUACUCAGUUAUGCAUGCACAAUACAUGUACCUCAAUAUAGAAGAUUAUAAAGGCAUAGUAUUGGGCAUAGUGUGAAUGUACUAUUCCUUUACCUGUAUUGUG